CCUGCAUCUCGAUCGCUAGUGUGCAUAUCUAAAAUCUUGUCAAUGACAAAGUAGACAAGAUUGUAUAUAAAAGAACCAUUCCCAUAGCGGAUUCACAGCACCAUGAACUCAUACCAUCAGCGGUUUUGAGCAAACAGUCACUACUCAAAAUUUUCAAACUCUAGUUUCCCAGGCACUCCUCACCAUGCAUCAUGCAGCCUUCGUCGCAUGCAUAGCCGGCCUUGCAGUCGCCGCCCCACUGGGAAAAAGCAUCUCCAACCCAGUGAAGCGCGAGACAACACAGCCUGUGGUGCAGGACUAUGCUAGCUACGGCGAAUACUACACAAAAUACGGCGACUACCCUUCAGUUGCCGAGGCACAGUCGGCCACCAUGGCUCUUUCCAAGCGGGGAUACUUUUGCUACACCUCAUACACGCCUUAUCCCCCGGGCCUGGAUGUUGAGACUCCGGAAUCCAGCAUGGCAGAGAAACGAGGAUACGGAACAUAUGCACCGUACUGUGUGUACGGGGCAGCUGCCGAGGCCGAAGCCGCAAAGAUGGAAGAGGUAAAUAUGUCCAAGCACCACAUGGGCAUGACUGUGCCAGAAGACAUGGUCAUGGAUGCGGACAUGAUGGAGAAGCAGGAUAUGGCUGUUUCUGGGGGAGACGCAGCGACUGAGCAUGACGUUGCUAAGGUGACUUACCAGACGUACAGUCCAUACAGUGCCUACGUCAAUUAUCCUGGCAGAGAUAUGGCAUAAUUUUGAUGCCGAGCGAAGGAGUCGGAUCACGAGUUGUAGCAGUCUGACCUGGGGUAUAUUGUGUACAAAUUGUUCGUCUCGCACUUGGCUAUGUUCUGUGCCCCUGCCUUUUCUCUCCUUGCCUUACACAACACAUCACCGAUUGCUUAUUGGUCCUCUUUUGAUCCUAUACCUAAAUCUGCGUAGGGCUGAUGAACAAGCAAUGGAUUGAUGAGAAUAAGCUUAGUCUGGGCGUCAUGUUCCCUCUUACCGCACUGACUACAUGA